AUGUGGAAGCAUCACUUCUCUUCUUUUCUGUCUGCUGUCUCCGCUGUCCCACCCACCUCCUCUGCCCUGUCCCGUCCCUACUCCCCCUCCCCUCCUCCUCUCCCAGCCAAUUACGUGCCCUCCCCCUCUCACCCACCUUCGGGUGCGCCCCCUGCAGCCCCUCCUCCUCCUCCACCAGGCGCCCCUGCAGGCCACCAGGCCCACCCCUCCCCACCACACACAGCUGUGGGCCAGUCGGCUGUGGAUGCAGCGCCCCCAACAAGGAAGUCCACCAUGCUGGGGAUGAUCCCAAUGAGCGACGCCCGCUCCGACCUGCUGGCGGCCAUACGUAGAGGUAUCCAGCUGAGGAAGGUACAGGAGCAGAGGGAGCAGGAGGCUAAGCGGGAGCCCGUCGGCAACGAUGUGGCAACCAUCCUAUCACGACGUAUCGCUGUGGAGUACAGCGAGUCUGAUGACGACUCAGAGCUCGACGAGAAUGAGUGGUCUGACUAAAAAAAAAAAAAUUUAAAACGAGUGAGACAGAGAUAGGGGCUCGGUGGGUGGUGAUGACAGGGGAUUGUAGGGGGAGAAACAUGGUGCCACUGAGGCAGAAAUGAAGUUUAGUUAGUUUUAAAGUUCAUCUGUAACAUUUUACCAGAAAAGAAUAUUCAGUUAAACUGAAUCAUACAUACAUAUGCAUUCAUACACCAGGUCAGCUGUUGUAGCCACUAUUAACAUUGAGCACUUCUAAAGCAACAGUCGAUAACUUCAGUUUGUUCGGUUGCCCCUGCAUAUUUGAACUGAAACCCAAAGGUUUGUGUGUCUAACCACCCAGGGUGUAUGGUGCAAUAAACACACACACUUACUGUAAAUUCACAUUCACUGUCCCACCCCCAUUGGCUCAUUUUAAGUACUAACACACAGCUGUGAAAAACAAAUGCAAUUUGUUCUUCCUGCUUAUGAGUCAAAAUUGUUAGCAAUAUUACAGGCUGUCAAACUAUAGGUAGGUGGGCCCCUAGUGAGUAUGGAGGUAUUGUGUUUGCAAAACACAUGCCAUAGCACAAAAACUACUAAAUAUAGUGCAAUCUUAACUUAUCUGCCAAAUGUUGAGAAAGAGUUUAUGAAACGAGUCCAGGGAAAAUCAGGGAACAAAUAGCUCCAUAGGGGAAUACUCUGACACUUCGCCGGGUCACACCUGUUUAAGAAAUAUGUGCGUUGUCCUUCAGAGACAACACCAGGUUUUUGGGAGUUUGGUCUGUUGGUCAUCUUAACCAAUAUGAGACAAUCAGCAACAACAUUAACAUAUGCUAAUGGUGUAAUGGAGCUAACUGCAUCGUGGCCCAGCUUGAUUUUCAUGUCUGAACCUGCUGUGGAAAAAAAAACUGUAAAGUAAGGGACAAAGGUGCCAUUUGGAGAUUCUUCAAAUUGGAGAAGGAUUGUGGUUGCAGACCUCCAGCAUAUGUUGUUUAGCUUCUACAGGAAGUAAGCAAAGUUAGCCAAAUGGCUAAUGGCUUUUUAUCACUCAUUUGUAAUGGACUUAAGGAUUUAGAUUGUGUUUUAAGAAAUUUAAGGCCAGAGAAAAAAACUAAGCCAACUGUUUACAGACAUAACUGAUGUCUGAUGAUGCUUUUAAUAAAAGAUCAGUCAGUUUAGAGUAAUAUAAAGGUCUAGUAUUGUGUUGUCAGUGUUGGCAGUGGGUCAUCAACUCUGUCUUUCCAUUGUUGUCUUUUUUUUAAUGCAUUUAGAUUUUGAUUUAAUCCUUUAAACAGGUAGUGUCAUUAGUUGGUCAGUGUCUUUUUCAAAAAUAUAGAUGAGAUACUGUAAACGAUGAACAUGAAGAAAUUAUACAGAAAUUCACAGCAAGCCAAAUUUACAUACACAAAGUCGUUG